AUGGAUGAAUACAACCGCUUUGUGGAUUGGGACAAAAUGGAUGUUACUGUCCAGAGCCAGGAUGCCAAGGAGUUGACGUGCACAGAGUUCCAGGAGCUCAAGCAGCUGGCCCGGCAGGGCUACUGGGCCAAGAACCACUCUCUGAGAGCCAAAGUGUACCACAAACUAAUUAGCAAUAUCCCGUGCCGCACAGUCACCCCGGAUGCAAACGUGUACCGGGACAUUGUUGUGAAGAUUGUUGGAAAACGUAACAGCAGCUCCCUUCCGCUACCGGAGUUCGUGGAUAACAGCCUGGUCCCCACGUACUGCUUGAAUGCAGAAGGCAUCGGGGCAGUCAGGAAGAUUAUAUUGUGCAUUGCGAAUCAGUUCCCGGACAUAUCGUUCUGCCCAGCACUGCCUUCUGUCAUAGCCUUGCUCCUCCACUACAGCAAGGAUGAGGCAGAGUGCUUUGAGCAGGUUUGCCGCAUCCUUGCUUGCAACGACCCAUCUAAGCGGCUCAUCGAUCAGACGUUCUUGGCUUUUGAGUCCUCCUGCAUGACCUUCGGUGACCUGGUGAACAAGUACUGUCAGGCGGCACAUAAGCUGAUGGUGGCGGUGUCGGAGGACGUCUUGGAGGUAUACUCCGACUGGCAGCGGUGGCUCUUCGGAGAACUGCCGAUGGUGUACGUUGCUCGGGUCUUUGAUGUGUUUCUGGUGGAGGGCUACAAAGUUCUUUAUCGUGUGGCGCUGGCUCUGCUGAAGUUUUUUCACAAAGUCCGAGCAGGGCAGCCCGUGGAGUCUGACAGCAUACAGCAGGACAUUCGAGCUUUUGUGAGAGACAUUGCCAAGUCAGUGUCUCCGGAGAGGCUUCUGGAAAAAGCCUUUGCUAUCCGCCUUUUCUCACGGAAGGAGAUCCAGCUUCUGCAGAUGGCCAAUGAGAAGGCUUUGCAGCAGAAGGGCAUCACGGUCAAGCAGAAAAGUCUUGCAUCUCCCAAAAGACAGAAUGUGCACUUGGCAGUUCAUGCUGAGAAUUUCAAGUCUGAAAUUGUCAGUGUGAAAGAGAUGCGAGACAUCUGGUCAUGGAUCCCAGAGCGAUUUGCACUUUGCCAGCCCCUCUUGCUUUUCACCACCUUGGAACAUGGCUGUAGUCUGAGCAGGUUCUAUUCUCACAGUGAGGGACACGAACCGACUCUUCUUCUCAUCAAGACCACAGCAAAAGAGGUCUGCGGUGCUUACCUGUCAACUGACUGGAGCGAGCGCAGGCGAGGAGGGAACAAGCUGAGUUUCUUUGGAACUGGGGAGUGCUUUGUAUUUAGGCUGCAGCCAGAAGUGGAACGCUACGAGUGGGUGAUCAUAAAACACCCAGAACUGGCCACGGCUGGAUCGGAGCCAGAAAAUCACGCCUCACCAGCUUCAAGUACCCUCUCUUCCAGCAGUGUCCCAUCAGACCCCUCAGAUCGCCUUUCUCCCUUCUUAUCAGCUCGGCACUUCAACCUACCUUCCAAAACAGCCUCUAUGUUCAUGGCUGGCAGCAGUGAAUGCAUCAUUAUAGGAGGUGGUGAUGGCCAGGCUCUUUACCUCGAUGCAGACCUGAACCACGGGAGAACCAGCCACUGCAAUACUUUCAAUAAUCAGCCAUUGUGCUCUGAAAGCUUCCAGAUCUCUGUCCUGGAGGUGUGGGGCUUCAGGGACACUAUGAAUGGUUGACGUGAAUAUCAUUAAUCAACUAGUUUUUCAAUUGUCUUAGGAUUCCCAAGGCAAAUUCUAAUGCAGGAGCCACGUUUGAACAGAAUUUCUGCUGUGCUCGCUGGUUUUUUGGUAAUUACUAAGCGGUGCACUUGAAAGCA